UGGAGUGUUGCUGUUCAACUAUCUUCAACUAUUCCCGUUACGGCCGGUAUGUACUUCCAAAAAAAAAAGGUAAAUAUAAAAAUGUAGAGGCAACCGAUAAAAAUGCUUAUUCGGCACAUCCAUUCUAUCACUCUUCCGUGCCACGCACAGGUCGGAAGUCUCCAACAGCUCAAUACAUUUGAUGUUCCGCCCUGAUUUUACUUUCAUUGUUGAUUUGUUUAUCUUUCAUGGAAGAUUCUUUGUCCAUAAAAUGAAGUGGGCAGAGAACAAACCCCAUUUUCACAUUAUUUAAGAUAUAAUUAAAAUAUUAUUUUGAAAUGAUCAGUAAAUGUAAAAACGAAAAAGCAAUACGCACCAAAAGUAUUUAACUAAUUGAAAAUUAAUCUUGAUAUGUAAUACCCCUGUCUGUUAGGUUUAUGUACUCUUGUUUGUAUAUGUCUGUUUUUUUGUAUUUGUUGCGUUCAUAAUAACAUAAAUAAAUAAUAAUAAUUCAAAUAAAACGUUAGAUGUUCCGAAAAGGCAUUUUUUUCAGUUGCUUGCACAUUUUUAUUUUGACAUACCGGACGUAACGAGAGUAAAUGAAGAUAAUUGCUCAGCGAAACGCCAUAUUUGGUGAGUCAAGGUAGGGUUUUCACUAACAAUGAAUUCAUGAGAAGGUCCGCCCCCAUUCAUUUUCAACGAGGGCACGCAGAGAAAUGUGCGGGGAGAGGUGAGCGGCGAGAACCCUGCUAUCCGAGCGGUAAAAAAAGUUGACCUCGGCUCUACUUUAUGCAAAUGUUAAGCGAAGUGUUGGAGCGAAGCACAGUCAAGAGGAGGCGCCGCUUCUGAUUUUGUCCCAGGACAGGGCAGCCAGGGGUCGUGCAUCGUGGAGCCCUUUAAAUGAUGACGUAUUAAUGCAGAAUCGCGAAUCCAUCGUCCUGCUGUGGAAUAGCGGAACCACUAUCAGUACUUUCAUAAAAGUACUCUAAAAUUAGCCCUGUUUUUAUAAUUUAUCUCAAUUCUACAAGAGGAGGUUUAUGUUACCCGCAUUUGUCAGCAUUCAACGGGACAAUUUCACAACCUCCCAACUAGCUUCAGCCAUGAGGACCCUUGUCGUUGGAAUUGGAGGGUAAGUGUUAAUGAUGCACAGCCAACAACCAUUGUUUGCAUGCCCUGCCGAAGGACCCUAUCAUCAUGCGGGAUAUGUGGUUGGAGUUCGUUGGUCCCAAGUGGUGACAAAGUGCACAGUUGGGUGCCAGACUGAUCCCCUGGUCAUUAACGGAUGCUGGGACCUACCAGAAGGAGCAAAGCUUGUCAGCAAGAUCUUGGAAUAAAAGUGUGUCAUGCGACACAAGUAGGCUGAAUCACAUCCGGCUAUGAUUGGGAGUCCCAUAGGGCGGUGCACAAUUGGCCCAGUGUCAUCUGGGUUUGACCGGGAUAGGGUGUUCAUUUAUCUUUGAUGAGAGGCCAGGAGCUGAUCUACGUUGCUAUGCCCAUCAAUGCGGCUCUGGAAAAGAGCUCAACUCCAGCCUCGCCUCUUGCCUGCUCACCAAUGGUCAUCGAUGGGGAGGUCAGAAUUAGGAUGACCAAUGGGGGGAAGUCGACCAUGUCCAGUAGUCUGCACCUGCGGAUCCCCAACAGCUGCAUCAUAGCACAGGAUGCUUUCUUCAAGGAUGACUCUGUGAUAGCUGUGGACAGCAAUGGGUUCAAGCAGUAUGAUGUGCUUGAUGCGCUCCACAUGGACAGAAUGAUGAGCAAGAUUGAAUCAUGGCGGAAGGACCCCGGUUCAUUCCUAGCAUCUCAAAGUCUGAGAACACAAUGCUCUGUAGGAGAGGAGGUGUUUGUGCUCAUCGUCGAGGGCUUCUUGAUCUUCAACUACGGGCCCUUGAACGAAUUAAUGGACAAGAGAUACUUCCUUGAAAUUCCUUAUGACGUCUGCAAAGAGAGGAGAGGCUCGAGGGUGUAUACACCCCCUGACCUGCCAGGGUACUUUGACGGAUAUGUGUGGCCAAGGUACCUGAAAAACCGGCAAGAGAUGGAAGACAUGGUAUCGGAUAUUGUCUUUUUGGAUGGAUUGAAGUCAAAGGAGGACUUGCUGGAUUAUGUCUAUGGGGAUGUAACCAUGGAAAUACAGAGUCUCAUGGGGAAAGACUAAGCAGUUUGAUUUCUCAAACGGUUGCUGGAAUCUGGAAGAGUAAAAGAGACAAUGUGUUCAGAAACAGAUGUGUUGAAACUUAGACUAAUGUUUACAGCCACAGGAGAAAGACAGGACACACACACACACACACACAGUGCAGAACAAACUUUCAUGUUAAAUCCAUGUUACUUUUACUCCAGUGAGGUAAAUCUUGUUUACAUAGUUUUUUAACUAAGAAAGUAUUUUUGCAAUCUACAGUACAUUUGUUUUGUUCAAUCUAUAAUGGUUAUGUACAUAGUUAAGGAGUGCAAAGUAUAUAAGCAGUGCAGACUCUUGACUAAAGUUAAUAUGGGAGGCAGGUAGCCUAGUGGUUAGAGCGUUGGACUAGUAACCGAGAGGUUGCAAGAUCGAAUUCCUGAGCUGACAAGGUAAAAAAAUUAUUUAGUUCUGCCACUGAUAAAGUCAAUUAACCCACUGUUCCUAGGCCUUCAUUGAAAAUAAGAAUUAGUUCUUAAAUGACUUGCCUAGUCAAAUAAAAGUUAAAAUAUAUAUAUAUAUCUAUAUAUCUAUAUAUAUACUGUAUAUUUCUCUGUUAUACUGCAGUGUUACAAAAAUAUUAUGGGCACUAUGAAAUUCCUGAGUUCCUGAGUAGUACCAUGGCAGGAAAUUAAUUGAUUAAAAGGUUGCUGAUGUGUGGUUUGGCUCUUUAGCAUGCCAAUGAAAUAGUAGCUCACUAUUGCAUUGUUAAACUGUACAAUGUACCAGACAUGGGUAUAAAUAAUAUGCCAUUUCACAAAUGCUUUAACCCAAGCGACUUAGUCAUGCAUAGAUGUUUUUGUAUGGGUGGUCCCAGGAAUCAAACCCAUUAUCCUGCCGUUGCAAGCGCCAUGCUCUACCAAUUGAGCCACAGAGGACCACCAUACA